AUGGUUUCCCUGGCCCUGCCUAGAGCAGGCAGCCGGGGCCCUACGGAGCGCACCCGCAGCAGCGGAGAGCGCAACACCACCGCUGCAGCUCCGGUGAAGGAGAGCAACUUGUCAUCCUCGGUUCUCCCAGCCCGCUGCAGUGAGAAGACCAUGGCCGCAGAAGAGGCGUGGAUAUGCUCCAUCUGCCGCGAGGCGCGAGGGGACAUCGCGUACGCGAUUCCUUGCAAGCACGUGUUCUGCCUCGGCUGCAUCCAGCGCUGGGCAAGGCUGAGAGACAGCUGCCCGCUAUGCAGAACGGCCAUGGAGACCAUCCGGGUCUCUGUGCGGGGAGACAACGAGUACGUGGAGUGCAUCGUCUCCCCGCCCGCGGUGCCCGUGCCCGUCGGCUUCGGCCCCACCACCGGCCCCAGCGGCACUGCGGCAUCUGCUCCACCCUCUGCGCCGCCGUCCCCUGAGCCGAUGGCCGCAGAGCAGGAGAGAGUGGGCGGCCUCCUGCCAGAGGUCUGGGCAGCGCUUUUCCGGGAGAGGCGUGACAUCCUUGACCCGGUGCUGCCCUGGCUGGAACAGGAGCUACGCCGCAACGGGGAGCUACGCUGGUGGAAAAUCAGCUAG